GACAGCCAAGAGGUGAUGCUCUGUGGUAACACAUUUUGUCUUUCUCUCCCCCAUUUUAGGGCGUAUUCCCUUGUGGAUUCCAGUCAAGUGUCUACGUUCCUGAUUUCCAUUCUUCUUAUAGUCUAUGGCAGCUUCAGGUCCCUUAACAUGGACUUUGAGAAUCAAGACAAGGAGAAAGACAGCAGCAGCUCACCUGGAUCUUUCAAUGGCAACAGCACCAAUAACAGUAUCCAGACCAUCGAUUCUACCCAAGCACUGUUCCUUCCCAUUGGAGCAUCUGUUUCUCUCCUAGUCAUGUUCUUCUUCUUUGACUCUGUUCAAGUAGUCUUUACGAUAUGCACAGCAGUCCUUGCAACAAUAGCCUUUGCUUUCCUUCUGCUCCCAAUGUGCCAGUAUUUAACACGACCUUGUUCUCCUCAAAACAAGAUUUCCUUUGGCUGUUGUGGACGUUUCACUGCUGCUGAGCUGCUCUCAUUCUCCCUGUCUGUUAUGCUUGUCCUUAUCUGGGUCCUAACUGGCCACUGGCUCCUCAUGGAUGCUCUGGCGAUGGGCCUGUGUGUUGCAAUGAUUGCCUUUGUUCGGCUGCCGAGCCUCAAGGUUUCCUGUUUGCUGCUUUCGGGGUUACUAAUUUAUGAUGUAUUUUGGGUGUUUUUUUCUGCCUACAUCUUUAAUAGCAAUGUUAUGGUGAAAGUGGCCACACAACCAGCUGAUAAUCCCCUUGAUGUUUUAUCGCGGAAGUUACAUCUGGGACCAAAUGUAGGUAGAGAUGUUCCCCGCCUGUCACUGCCCGGCAAACUUGUAUUUCCAAGUUCCACAGGCAGCCACUUCUCUAUGUUGGGGAUUGGAGACAUUGUGAUGCCAGGUCUUCUGCUCUGCUUUGUCCUACGUUAUGACAACUACAAAAAACAAGCCAGCAGUGAUUCCUGUGGUACUCCAGGACCUGGGAACAUCUCUGGACGUAUGCAGAAGGUCUCCUAUUUUCACUGCACGCUCAUUGGAUACUUUGUAGGUCUAUUAACUGCAACAGUGGCUUCUCGAAUUCACCGGGCUGCACAGCCUGCCCUGCUGUAUUUGGUACCAUUCACUUUAUUGCCACUCCUCACCAUGGCUUAUUUAAAGGGUGAUCUGCGUCGCAUGUGGUCUGAACCUUUCCACUCCAAGUCCAGCAGUUCCCGUUUCCUGGAAGUAUGAUGGAAUACAUGGAAAGUGACUGGAACUUCUGCCUUGGUCCUUUUCUCUUAACUUGUGGUUUUGUCUCCUAAAGCUGGACUGGUACUCGGGAAGAUACCAGUUUAUGGACUUUGAUUUUUUUUUUCUUUUUAAUACAAAGGUUCUGGAGUUCCAUUGGAUUCCUUUUCUCCCUGCAGAUGUGGAACUGGGGACACUUUGUGCAACUGCAGCCACCUUCCACUGCUCCUCCCCCUCUUUUAUGGAUUAGUACUAGACUGUUACUUUUUGUGAGAGAGGAGGAGACAGACUUUAAACUGAAAACGGCAUAAAGUCGUUCAGAAACUUGUGAACACUAAAAGGAAAAACAAUUAAGCAAACUGGAGUUUCUUCAGAGAGCCCCCAAAUACUUUGGGACCAGUUUCCUGCUGGACUUCAGUUUUGGAGAGAAUGGAGACAAACUCUAUCGCUAUAUUCUUUUUUGAUUUAUUAAAUAUUUCCUGUGGUGUGAGGUGACCUAUUAAAUCCACAGACAUUGAGUGACUUAUUGCAGUAUACAUAUAAGAAUUUGUUGUAGCGCGUUACAUUUCCACCCAGAUGUCAUGUUGCAGUGAGCAAGGGCACACGAUUUUUAUACAUAUAUAUACAUACACAUGCGUAUAGAUAUAUAUAUGAAUAAAUAAAAAAGAAAACCUGCUAAGAUCAUGCUAUGUAGCAGUCAGGGGCUUGCUGUAAUUUUUAGCAUGUAGAGCAGUUUACUAUGGCUUUCUUGUAUAUGACUCUACGAUAAGCUGCUGUCUUUUUCCCCCUCCACAGCUGAACCCACAGUUAAAAACCAGUGUAGUAUUUGUACUGAUUGUACUCAUGGACUUUAGGGGAGUAUUUGAUUUUUGAUCAAUGUAGCAAACUAGGGAAGAAAAAAGUUUAAACCCUUACCCUUUUCUUUUUUAAUGAACUUCUCUUACAGGUUUUUUAGUAGUUCCUUCUUGACCCAAUGCAUGUAUUAUAGCAGCAGUUGUCUUUGUGCGUUCUGAUCAUAGUAAUGUACCACUUGUAAAUACAUUUUUUCUAUUUUUUUGUAUUUUUUUGCAUUUUGUUUCAUUAGUGUACUGUAUUUUUUCCAGACCCCUGCCCUUUAAAAAAAGAAAAAAAGAAAGAAAGAAUUGUCCUUUUGUUGCUGUGAUUAGUCAAAGUUUGUGUGUUGACUGCUUUGUACAUGGGAGUCUGUUAAAAUGUGGAUUUUUCUAACCAAA